AUUUAAAAAAUAGCAAAAAAAAUUAAAAAAACAAACUAGGAGGUGGUGGCGGCGAUGAAUUCGUACUUCACGAACCCGUCGCUGCCGUGCCACCUCGGCGGCGCGCAGGAGGUGCUGCCCAACGUGGCGCUGAACUCGAGCGCCUAUGACCCCGUGCGCCAUUUCUCCAGCUACGGAGUGGCGCAGAACCGCUURUACUCCGCGCCUUUCUACGCGCCCCAGGACAACGUGGUGUUCGGCUCGGGGAGAGCUCCCUACGACUACGGCUCCAACGCUUUCUACCAGGACAAGGAUGUGCUGAGCAGCUGCCGCCAGAGCUCCGCGCCUCACGGCGCGCAAAGUUCCGCCAUCGCGCAGGAUUUCCCGAGCGAGCAGAACCGCGGGGGAAGCGCGGSAGCGGCCGCGCAGGAGCAGAAAAGCGGCGGGAUUCAGAUUUACCCGUGGAUGCAGCGCAUGAACUCGCACAGUGGUAAGGGGAGAGGGAUUUUUCAUUAUUUAUGUGUUUGUUCGGGUUUGAAAUCCUUUAAAUUUUUAAUUUUUUAUUAUUUUUUUAUUUCCUUGCUCUUUCAUUUCGUUACUCUUUCAUUUCCUUCCUCU